UAUUAUUAAACCCAAAAAAAGAGAUCAUUCAUCUUUCUAUAAUUUCUUCUAAAAUUGAACUGUUCGAUUACUCGAAUGAUGCUUCUCAGACAAGCUUCUGCUAGUUUAAUUAAAAGAUUUCGAAUUUCCCCUAAAUUUCUUGCUGCUACUCCACUUCACAGAAGUUCCCCUGUUUUGCUACCCAAUGCUGGACAAUGUAGAUUUUCCAGUGAGCUUGGUUCUGGAGGGUACUUUUCAGACUCAUUUCGAUGGAUUUUUCUGUUUGGACCAGCUGGUAUUCACUACUCUUAUGGGCCGUAAUCCUUGGAGUAAAUGUCAGUCCUGCCUUGGCAGAAGAGGUUUCUGAUGGAAUUGAUGUCGAAAUCAGUGGCUUGCGCAAAAUUGAGGAUGGGUCUGUAGUAUCUAAUAUACACACAUCCAAAUGGAGAGUUUUUACAGACAGUGGAAGGGAUUUCUUUUUACAGGGAAAACUUAAGAAAGCUGAAAAACUGUUCCUGGCUGCAUUGCAAGAAGCUAAAGAAGGUUUUGGAGAUAGGGAUCCACAUGUUGCAUCUGCUUACAACAAUCUGGCAGAGCUAUAUAGAGUGAAAAAGGCAUUUGAUAAAGCAGAACCUAUGUACUUGGAAGCAAUCAAAAUACUCGAGGAAUCAUUUGGACAAGAAGAUGUACGAGUUGCGGCAGCCCUUCAUAAUCUAGGACAAUUCUAUCUUAUGCAAAGAAAACUGGAACAAGCUCGUGGUGUCUAUGAGCGUGCUUUAAAGAUAAAGAGGCGUGUCUUAGGGGAGGCUCAUCUAGACUAUGCUGAUACCAUGUAUCAUCUGGGAACAGUGCUGUCUCUUCAGGGUAAAUACAAGGAUUCAGAGGCUCUGAUUCGCGAUUCUAUUCGGAUUUUGGAGGAUGGUGGUCAAGGUGAAUCAAUGAUAUGUACCAAGAGGAUGCAACAGCUAGCUCAGAUAUACAUCACAACUCACCGGAUCGAAGAGGCUGAGAAUGUUCUGAGGAAGAUCCUGCAUAUUAUGGAAUUAGCAAAGGGUUGGAAUUCUCCAGAGACUGUAAUUGCAGCUGAACGCCUGGCCUUGACCCUUCAGUCGCUUGGAAAAUUGAAAGAAGCUCAAGAGCUUUUUCAGAGGUGUCUUGAUGCCCGAAGAGCUUUACUCCCUGAAAACCACAUUCAGAUAGCUGCAAAUUUGCUACAUCUUGCUAGAGUUAAAAUGCUCGACUCCAGUAAGCUCAACAAGAGUAAUGUGGCUGAGCUUGAUAUGGCAAAAGAUCUUUUAAGCAAGUCAAUAAGUGUGGCUCGGGGAAACCUGGUGCAUUCUGUGAGAGAGGAAGGAAAUAAACAGUCUUAUAAAGAAUCUGAGACAACAGUAAGGAGCAGGCAAUCAGCACUGAUUAUCCUGUUGCAGUCACUUGAUGCUCUUUCAUUGUUGGAGAUGAAAAGGCUGGAGCUUGAAGAUUCAAAGAAACUGGAUCCUUAUAACUCUGAAGCUGAGAGUGCUCUUCGUGGAUGCAUUUCUGCAUACAAGGAGUUUGUAAAUGACAAGUCAUUAUCUGAUGCUCCUGGAGUAAAAGCUGAAUACCUCUUGUGCUUGAAACAUCUAGUUGAUCUGUUACGUGAUAACAGAAAAACGAGCAAAGAUCGAUCCAGCAAUGCUGCUUUACAAGAGUUGAAAGAUGAAAUUAAACGCGUUGAAGUUGAACUCUCGAAGAAAGGAGGGCGUAGAAGUUAGCUACUCAAUGGCGUAAGUCCAUAUCAAUCAAGUACAGAGAUAAACGCUUCAACUCUGUAAAGACAUUGAUGCCAUUUUGUAAUAGUUGUAGGAGGAAGGAAGUAAAACGAAAAAUCGGACAAAGAAAAAAGGGAAGAUUGCGUAGCCUCGGUCUGAAAAAAGUUGAGGUCGGUUAUAUGAAUCUUCAUUUCCUCGGUUUUACUGAAUCUUAUAUGUUUUAAUAAAAAAAGUGUCAUUUCAAACAGAGUGAGUGACUAUUUUCAAAAGAAUAUCGUCUUGUUAAUUCAGCAUUAUAUUAUUAGAACCUUGCCUUUUUUGCUACUUGUAAUAAGGUGUAACAUGUACAUGAGUCCACAAUCUUUUUUAGUAA